AUGCUUCGUAUUCGACCGAGCACUGCGCACUUUCACCGCAUGGUUCAGCGCUUCAAUUCAACAAUACAACCGAAUGAUCCUCAACUGGGGCCCAAGACAUCACAAGCUGUCAGGACAUUCUUGCCGAAAGAUCCGAACUUUCUGGAGACUGUCAAUUUCGAAGACUUGCCACGUGCUCAACAAAGAUAUGUGAAACAAUUCGAAAAGAUCAACGAGCAGAGGAUAAAGGAAAUCUUCCAAAAGAACUACAAAAAUAUCAUCGGAAUGACCGUCAUUGCCGCGGCUGCAAUUGGCAUCUAUUUUUACACAAUGUACGCCGUACGACAGGAGACGUUCCUCGAGGAAAUUGAUGAAGAAAUGGCCCAAGAACGCCCGAAGACCCAUGGCCAUCUACUACCUGCCGAAAAGAAA